AUGGCGGCGGCGGCUGCGGUGUCGGAGGCCUGGCCCGAGCUGGACCUGGCGGAGCGGGAGCGGCGGCGGGAGCUGCUGCUGACCGGGCCCGGACUGGAGGAGCGGGUGCGCGCGGCGGGCGGGCGGCUGCCGCCGCGGCUCUUCACCCUACCGCUGCUGCAUUACCUGGAGGUGAGCGGCUGUGGGAGCCUGCGCGAGCCGGGCCCAGGCCUGGCUCAAGGCCUCCCGCAGCUGCACAGCCUCGUGCUGCGUCGCAACGCGCUGGGGCCCGGCCUGAGUCCCGAGCUCGGUCCGCUGCCCGCGCUGCGUGUGCUCGACCUAUCGGGCAACGCGCUGGAGGCGCUGCCGCCGGGCCAGGGCCUAGGCCCCGCCGAGCCGCCGGGCCUCCCGCAGCUGCAGAGCCUCAACCUUAGCGGCAACCGGCUGCGCGAGCUGCCGGCCGACCUGGCGCGCUGCGCGCCGCGGCUGCAGACCCUCAACCUCACCGGCAACCGCCUGGACGCCUUCCCCGCCGCGCUUUUCCUCCCCGGCGCGCUGCCGUUGCUCAGCGAACUGGCGGCGGCCGACAACUGCCUCCGGGAGCUCAGCCCUGACAUCGCCCACCUGGCGUCGCUCAAGACGCUGGACCUGUCCAACAACCAGCUGAGCGAGAUCCCAGCAGAGCUGGCUGACUGCCCAAAGCUCAAGGACAUCAACUUCCGGGGGAACAGGCUGCGAGACAAGCGCCUGGAGAAGAUGGUCAGUGGCUGCCAGACCAGGUCCAUCCUGGAGUACCUGCGUGCUGGGGGCCGUGGCAGGUGUCGGGGCAAGGCCGAGGGCCCCGACAAGGAGGAGGGCCGGCGGAAGAGGCGGGAGCGGAAAAAGAGGGAGAGCGGCGAGGGUGCGGACGCAGUAGUGGACGAGGCCAGCCGGCUGCUGCUCCGUGUCCUGCACGUGUCAGAGAACCCCACCCUGCUGACCAUCCAGGCAAGCCCCGAGGUCAGGGAUGUACGGCCGUUCUUCGUGGGCGCUGUCGUGCGGGGCAUGGAUCUGCGGCCUGGGAACGCGCUUAAGCGGUUCCUGUCCUGCCAGACAAAGCUGCACGAGGACCUCUGUGAGAAGAGGACAGUGGCCACCAUCGCAACCCACGACCUCGGAGCUGUCCGGGGGCCCCUGCUCUAUACCGCCCGCCCGCCACAGGACUUCAAGAUCAUCCCCCUGGGGCGCCGGGAGGUCAAGGCCAAGGACCUGGUGCGACAGCUGCAGCUGGAGGCCGAGGAGCACAGAAAGCAGAAAAAGCGGCAGAACGUGUCGGGCCUGCACAGGUACCUGCACUUGCUGGACGGGAAGGAGCACUACCCCUGCCUCGUGGAUGCAGAUGGCGACGUGAUCUCCUUUCCCCCGGUCACGAACAGCGAGAAGACCAAGAUUAAGAAAACCACAAGUGAUCUGUUCCUGGAAGUGACGAGCGCCUCCAGCCUGCAGAUUUGCAAGGAUAUCAUGGACGCACUCAUCCUGAAAAUGGCAGAAAUCAACAAGUACAUUCUGGAAAACAGAGAGGAAGGUUCCCUCUCGGACCCCGAGUCUGACACCGUCUCUGGACACAGCUUGGAUCCCAAGGCGACUCCGGGUGCUGAAGUGGCAGGGGGCACCCCGCUGGUGGUGGAGCAGGUCCGGGUGGUGGACGACGAGGGGCACCUGAAGGUGGUGUACCCAUCCAAGACAGACUUGGACUUCGCCGCUGCCCAUGUGACCGUGCUGCGCUGA